AUGGAGGACGACACGCGCCGGCUCAAGCUGGCGCCCUUUUCGACAAAGGAGAAAGUGGAGAUGCACGGCUUGUGGAAGCUCCAUGUCGAUCGCGCCGAGGCCGACCUUUGGGCGCUCCGAGAUAUGAAGUUUCUGGUGUACGACGACGAUAUCGACGAGGCUUCCGGAGCUGCGGAUGCUGUAGCAGGAUCGUGUUCUGAAAAGUCAAGCCCGCCGCGCCUCAGGGAUCCUCAUCCCGAGCCGGGACCAAGGGGCAGCUCCGGGGGUGGCGAUGGCCGUGAAGAAGAGGGUCAUGGCCGGGUGAUUCAAAUUGCGAGGGAUCUUCCUAUGGAGGAUGCCACCUCCUGGCCCAGCGACCCGCCAAGCCCAGAGUCUCCAGCAGGACACGAAGGGCACGCGGGCCCCUCAAGCGGCGCUUCUGCAGGACACCACAAGCUGUCCGCGGAAGACUUGAUUCGCAAGUGCAAGGUCUGCGCUAGAGUUCCCGAGUUUCCCAACAACAGAAAGACCCGCAAGUUUCGCCUUUUCAGGCCGACUGCCGAGUCCGAAUCUCCAGAGACCAUGGGAAUGCUCGACUACCACGACAUUUGCCGCCAUUACGUGGCCGUCUCGUACUGCUGGCCGGCGCCGCCGCCAGACGGUAUCGGGGCCGCUGGGGGGAGUACGCAGGUUAAGACCUGCCAAGUACGCGACCUUGACGGCUCGACUCGGGCCGCCCGCGCCCUGGAUGACGUCCUCGACCGCGCCGUCGAUUUUGCCAAUACCGUCGGCUUCCGUAUGAUUUGGAUCGACCAGGAAUGCCUCCCACAGCCCACCGAAGCGAGCCCUCGGGAGGAAAAAGAUUACCAGCGGAUCGGCGUUCGGGCUAUGGAUAUCGUUUAUCAAAGAGCGUUGGCAACGGCCGGCCUUCAUAACGGACUGGUGGAUAGCCAGGAGCAGUUGGACGCCAUCAACGCGCUGAUCAACCUUGAUCUACCAAACGGCGUUUCGCUUUCUACGAUUGGUGAUGUCACAUCGCCUGUUGCCGUAUUUCAUGUUGCCAGAUACUUGAAGACAGUGGUCAGCGAUCAAUGCUAUAAACGCGCCUGGGUCGUGCAGGAGGCCGUCAAUGCCGGAGCUCAACUUUUCCUGGUGUUCCGUAGGGCGCCGGGUAUUGUGGGCAGGUCGCGGUUCCGUGGACGACGUGCCAUCGGCCACAGAAGCCUGCCGCCCCACAGCCUAGACGGCCAGGAGCCCAAGAUGCCGUCCGAGGUUGUCGGCAUCAGCCUACUCGACUUCCACAAGCUCCUGCGGACCAUGAGGUCGCUGUGCGAUCGUAACAAAAUCACCACGCUCAAGCUCAUCCAGGGCCUUCGGAUGGCGGGAAUGGCCGAGGCUUCCAUCGGCGUUGCCGCUGUUUCUGAAGAUUUCUAUCGGCUUUUAGAAGCCGCCGAGGCCAUCCACUCUACCGUAACGCUCGAUGAAGACAUGUGGACAGACUGUCGCAUCGCAAUUCCCACCCUGUACGGCAACAACGGAAGAGCCGUCAGCGCCGCCACGGCAUUUGCCAUGCUCAGGACCCGCGAAUGCCGCGAUGCCCAGGACCGCAUAGCCAUUAUGGCCAACAUGUGCCGCUACGAGUUCCGUAUCGACCUUGACGCUGUAACAAAUUGCGGCUCCCUCCGCGCCGGAAUCCUGUCGCUCGCGCUCCUCAAUUCAGACUUUUCCCUGCUUGUGCCCGAGAUGUAUCCCUGCCCCAGGGAAAAGUUUAUAAGUGAUAGCUGCCAUGAUCCGGAAUGCAGCUGCGCCGUACGUUUCACCGGCGGCCUGUUCUCGCCCUUCGAUACACACCCCGGCGCGAUAUCUGAUUCGAAUCCGCAGUCUUUUAUUCGCUUCAGGCCAACGGUGUACAGAUACAGGCAACCCCCCACCAAGCUCCCGUCAAAUCCCGGCCUACCUUUGGCCGCACACAUAUGGACAGUUGACAAGGAGCUAAAUCUCAAAAUUCUCCGUGCCAAAUACAGCGAUAUAUGGAACAACUUGAAGGAUAUCAAGAUUGAGCCCGAUGCUGUCGAGGGUGAAACUGCGGGGGACUGGUCCAGGCGUGUGGGCCAGGCUGAACGACAAUUUGCGCACAAAGACAUCGACUUCAAAAACAGCCUUAAGGCGGAGCUCUUACGCCACAACAGCGUUCUGCCGAAAGAUUCUCUCUUAUGGGGCGACCUGACACCAGGUUCUGUGAAGUUCCAGCUUUAUUUCAAUACAGACAGAGUCGCAGGGGACUCGGAGAGUCAAAUGGACGUCGGCGGUAUUAUAUUCGGCAUCUUGCUCCAUCUGGCCACCCUCGAAGACCCAUAUGGCUACCAACUGGCCAACGGCAUUUGGCAGUCGCUACGUGUCGGCUUCUUACCUGGUUGGAAAGGGACGGAACGCCUCCCAGACAUCGUUUGCCAGGAGCUCUUCACCCACCCGGCCGUCCAGGCCGCCCCUUUCCAGACACUAAAGCUUGACAAGGACUCGAACAGUAGUCGCGGCGGCUACUACCAGACUUGGUUCGUAGAUCGCAUCAUGCAAAAGGGCACACUGUGGGCCGGGCGGUACACCCAGCCCAUUGUCGGCGAAGGCGCCGCAGCACCGCAGGAUCUAGAGGCGGAAUUCAUAAGGCGGAUGAAGAAUCUCCAAAGCAUCCUAAUCAACCCCGUGUCAUCAGCAGAAAAAGGAGAAGGCCCAGAGAUGUUUGAAGCGACCGCUUCCAAGAACAAGCCGGAUCUGCGGUUGCUGGAUUACAUAUCCAAGGGCAAGCCAUACAACUCGGACAAGCUCGCGCCAUCAGCAGACAAAGUAGAGGGCCCGCUAGAGAUGCCCAAGGAAAUGGCGACUAAGGCGAUGAUUCAUAGAAAGCAGUUCAAAGAGCGGUUGUCCCGGGAUAUGGCCAUAGGGUUCGCCUAUAUGUUCCCGGAAGACGAGCGAGAAGGGAUCAGGGUGAAUGCGAGCAACCUAGCGACAUUAAUGCACUCGAUGGAUAUUAUCAUAGGGGCCAUCAAGAACGAACGCGGCCGGGGCGGAUGGCGCCCCGCGGCGACGUUUGACGUCAACGGGCGCUGCACCGUGGCAACCCCGUACAAUCCCACCUGGGAGGUGCUUCCGCGGCCCGCGGUGCGGAGCAUGAGCACGUGCUGGGUGGUCGUGAAGGAGGAGCCCAGCGUGAGCGGGAACAGCGAUGAGGAGGGAAGAAGAGACGGGCAAGAAGCCAAAGGUGGCGGUGGCUUGGCAGGCGAUGACGCCGCCGCCGAGGAUGGGUUCAACAAGCAGGAGACGGGGCACGAGGACGAGGGCCAGUUGUCGGCAAAGGCGAGGGGAAAAAAGGUACAGAGAGGCUCAUCGGAAUCCGUGGCCGACGAGGCGACGACGGCGAGGCCGGGAAAUGGGGCCGGAUCGGGUGCCGGCAGCCCAGCUGGCUUGGAGUCGUGCCGCUACAGGGUUGUUCGAAAGGUCAAGGGGCUCUGGAAGUUGAUGGAUAUGCCCGAGCAGGUGCAUGAGUUUGUAUAGCAUGCGUACGACUAGAGACCUGAUUUGUUCAAACCGUUGACACACAGAAAUUCGAGCAACACUUGC